AUGGCCGACGUGUUCCCGGGCUCCGAGCCCGGCGCGGCCCCGGACGCGGCGCGGCGCUUCGCUCGCAAGGGGGCCCUGAGGCAGAAGAACGUGCACGAGGUGAAGGAGCACAAAUUCAUCGCGCGCUUCUUCAAGCAGCCCACCUUCUGCAGCCACUGCACCGACUUCAUCUGGGGAUUUGGGAAACAAGGAUUUCAGUGCCAAGUUUGCUGUUUUGUGGUUCAUAAGAGAUGCCAUGAGUUUGUUACCUUCUCUUGUCCUGGGGCUGACAAGGGGCCUGACACUGAUGAUCCCAGAAGCAAGCACAAAUUUAAGAUCCACACAUAUGGGAGCCCGACCUUUUGUGACCACUGUGGGUCCCUGCUUUAUGGGCUUCUGCACCAAGGGAUGAAAUGUGACACCUGUGAUAUGAAUGUUCAUAAGCAAUGCGUAAUAAAUGUCCCAAGCCUCUGUGGCAUGGAUCACACAGAGAAAAGAGGAAGGAUUUAUCUGAAAGCUGAAGUCACUGGUGACAAACUGGAAGUAACAGUGCGAGAAGCAAAAAACCUGAUUCCCAUGGAUCCAAAUGGACUUUCAGAUCCUUAUGUUAAACUGAAGCUCAUCCCAGAUCCUAAGAAUGAAAGUAAACAAAAAACAAAAACCAUCCGUUCUACUCUGAAUCCAGACUGGAAUGAGUCAUUCACAUUUAAAUUAAAACCUACAGACAAAGAUCGACGGUUAUCCGUAGAGGUCUGGGACUGGGAUCGAACAACCAGAAAUGAUUUCAUGGGAUCUCUUUCAUUUGGGGUGUCAGAGCUUAUGAAAAUGCCAGCCAGUGGAUGGUACAAGCUGCUGAAUCAAGAAGAAGGUGAAUAUUAUAAUGUUCCAAUUCCAGACGCUGAUGAAGAUGGAAAUGCAGAGCUCCGGCAGAAGUUUGAGAAAGCCAAACUUGGGCCAGCUGGUAACAAAGUCAUUACUCCAACAGAAGACAAGAACUCAAGUGUGCCAUCCAACAAUCUGGACAGGGUGAAGCUGACAGAUUUCAACUUUCUCAUGGUUCUUGGAAAGGGGAGCUUCGGGAAGGUGAUGCUGGCAGACAGAAAGGGGACAGAGGAGCUCUAUGCAAUCAAAAUACUGAAAAAAGAUGUGGUGAUUCAGGAUGAUGAUGUUGAAUGUACAAUGGUUGAAAAACGAGUCCUGGCAUUGCAAGAUAAACCACCGUUCCUGACACAGCUUCACUCUUGUUUCCAAACAGUUGACCGUCUGUAUUUUGUUAUGGAGUAUGUGAAUGGUGGUGACCUCAUGUAUCACAUUCAGCAAGUAGGAAAAUUUAAGGAGCCACAAGCAGUGUUCUAUGCAGCUGAGAUCUCAGUUGGGUUAUUCUUUCUCCAUAACAGAGGGAUUAUUUAUAGAGAUCUGAAAUUAGAUAAUGUGAUGUUGGAUUCAGAAGGACACAUUAAAAUUGCUGAUUUUGGAAUGUGCAAAGAACAUAUGUUAGAUGGAGUAACAACCAGGACCUUCUGUGGCACUCCAGACUACAUUGCGCCAGAGAUUAUUGCUUACCAGCCCUAUGGGAAGUCUGUGGAUUGGUGGGCGUACGGAGUGCUGCUCUAUGAGAUGUUAGCUGGCCAGCCUCCAUUUGAUGGAGAAGAUGAAGAUGAACUUUUCCAGUCCAUAAUGGAGCAUAAUGUUUCCUAUCCAAAAUCACUGUCCAAAGAAGCUGUCUCCAUCUGCAAGGGGCUAAUGACUAAACAUCCCGCAAAACGCCUUGGCUGUGGCCUUGAAGGUGAAAGAGACAUCAGGGAACGCUUCUUCAGGAGAAUUGACUGGGAAAAACUGGAAAACAGAGAGAUUCAGCCACCUUUCAAACCUAAAGUGUGUGGUAAAGGUGCCGAAAACUUCGAUAAAUUCUUUACGCGAGGACAGCCGGUGUUAACACCUCCGGAUCAGCUGGUCAUUGCUAACAUAGACCAAACAGAUUUUGAAGGGUUCUCUUACGUCAACCCCCAGUUCGUCCACCCCCUUUUACAAAAUGUAGCAUGAAACGGCAAAACAGGAACAAAUCCCGCAGUGGGGAACGGUCCUUAACCCUACAAUUUUUAGGCUUUUGCCUUGUUGAUUCCAUUUGGGCCUGGAAAUUGUAGGGUUAGAAAGUGUAAGAUGGGGGAAAGGCCACUUAUUCAGAAUUUUGGCUUUGCAACAGCGAUGUUGUCUUAAUGGGAGAUAAAUUAGUGUACGGUGCCCACUUAUUCUUCUAGAAGUCAGCACUGACUCGUCUAAAUUUACCCAUUUUUUGAUACGUUAUAUAUUUUUGUAACUUCUCACUGUCCUUUUGCUCCCUUUUCCACUCUGCUGUGUUAGAAAUAAUCUAACGCAUGGUCUGAAAAAAAACCCAACCUCGAAUAUGUAGUCCUUCGGUGCGGAUGCUGGGAGAUAGGAGCUCUCGGCCCCGAGGGACCGCUCCUCCCCGCUCUGCCCGGUGACUUCGGGGAGAUCAGCAGCACAAGAGACUGAAACGGCGGCGGCACCGGGGAGGAGAGGCAUUGCAAAAAAAUUGUUGAAAGUAGUUGUUUCGAAAAUAUGACAGAAACAAGU